AUGCCGAAAAGUCCUACAAGUAAGGGCUUCCAUAGCAACACGAACAAAGCUAGGCCACAGUCCAAUAAGAGCGACAAUAAGAGCGACAACAACAGCAACAGUAUGUACCUGAAACCACAACAUCAAUAUGGUGGGAAAAACUUGAAAGCGCUAAGCAACAAACGUAGAUUCAGCAUUGCCAACUCAACCAGUUCAUCUUCAUCACAAGAUUAUUUAUCUGAUAACGAAUCAGAUAAAACAAAAACCACAAACCAAAAUAGUGCAAGCGCAAAGCAUGUACAUUAUAUGGAUUCCGAUUCCGAUUCAUCAUUGACUGCCAUUUCCGACAAUGAAUUUACCAACUCACUUCAACAUGCAGGUAAGAAAAAAUCACGAGGCAAAAAGGCAGUCAGCAGUAAAAAAGGUAAAUCCUACGGAAGGAAAAUCAUACCGAGAAAAUCUCUUGGGUUGUCAAAACACAAUCUUCAAGAUUACGAAAAUGAAGUGAUUGAUAUUUCUUCUGGUGACAAUUCUGAUGACGAAGUUGAUGUUUCAGAUUUGAUCUCAGAUGUUACACGAGCUUCGGAUCGACCAAGUGAACAUGGGGAUGGCGAAGAGGAGGAGGAAGAUGAUGAAGACGACGACCACGAUGAUGAUAGUGAGGACGACGAAAAUGAGCAUGUGGCUGGAUUAUAUGCUCUUAUCAAUAACGGGAAACAAUUACGUGCUAUUGACUCGGACAAAAGUGAUGAGGACUCAAAUGACUCGGACAAUGGCUCAGAUGAAGAAAUACCUAGCUCAUCCGAUGAUGAUUCCGAUGUUGAUUUUGUAAAAUUGCAGAAACAACAGAAAGCUAAUGUCCUACAAGCGGCCAGGGCAAGGAAAGGUUUGAAAAAGGAGCAGAAACAGAAGGAGAACAAUAAAGUUGCAUCAGCGCCUGCUUCUGCGCCUGCUCCUGUGCCUGCUCCUGCCAAGUCUGGAUCUACAACAAAUGAAGAGCAAGAGACAUCAAAGAACAAGAGUCACAGGAAAAACUCAAUCAAGUAUGGUAGAAGAAAAUCCGAUGUGAUUUUACCCGAUAUAAACUUCAAGUUUGAGUUUGAUAACGUUGCUGACAUUGAAGAAGAAGAGGAAGAGAAUAAAGAUCAAGUUAUAGGGGGCUCAAAUACAGACAAUUUCACCAAAUCCCACGCUGUUGAAGAAGAGGAUGUUGGUGAAGAAGUGGAUUAUUCCCCAACAAUUCCCUUGGAUGCCAACCAACAACACAAUUUCGAAUUUGAGUUUGACCAGGAGUUCCUACACAUGCCCAAGAUGAAUGACAGCGACCUAAAUUCGGAUGAUGAUUACGAAAUUGAUGAUAAUGAGCUAUUGGCUACUUUGCAAGCUGAAAAUGACGUUGAUGAGUUUUUACUACCGCAAGCAAAUGACUCAAUAAUCAAUGAGAAAGAUGGUUCCGUUGCCAGCAAAAACCAACCCGAGGUGUUGCCAUCUACUACCACUACUACAGGUGCUGAUGCAGGUCUGGAAAGCGUCACGACUGGUGACAAUAACGAAGAAGAAGAAGAAGACGACGAUGACGAUGACGAUGAAAAUGAUCCAUUUUUGAAAGAAGAGGAAAAAUUUCUUGUGAAUGAAUUUGAAAAUAAUGGAUUCGAUGACAAUGGCGAUGACAAGCUUAACGGUGACAAUGUAUUUGACGAUGAUGAGGAUGAUGAUGAAGAAGACGAUGAUGACGAUUGUACAUUCGAUGAUAGUGAAUAUUCGACAUCGAAACGGAUUGUCAAUGCUUUUAAAGGUAUUGGUGAAGAUCGUAGUAAACCCAUUGUUCAAUAUGAAAGCAGUGCUUCCCUGGAAAGUGAUUAUGAUGAAGAUGACUAUGUUGAUUUCAUUGAUUUUGAUGUGCCAUUUUUUGACGAGAAUGAAAUUGAUGGAGGACGCAAGAGUGCAUUGACAUCUCCAAAUAAGAAACUAAAGACCAAUGGCAACCGACACAGUAAUAGUGAUGAAGAUGAUGACUCGUAUUUGUGGAAUUAUUUCUUUAGUUCGGACAAUGAUUCAUCGAGCGAGGCUGAGAAGGAUCAUCUUGUCCAACUUGACAAUGGGACCAGAAGAAGCAGAAGAAGAGGUAGCAAGGGCCGUAAACUUAAAUCAGCUCAUUCCAAUGUUGAUGAGCUAUUCAACGAAAUUGAUGCUGACAAGACUUUUAAGACCAAGAACAACCCUCAUCACAAUACUGCCAAGUUUAAAAUCAAAAGUGCUAGAGAAAUUGCUAGUCGAAUAGAUGGUAGUGGUGCUGCUUCGACAAUGUCUAGCUAUGCGGGCCAUUAUGGUGAUGACGAAAACGGAUACGACGAUGAGGCAUAUGGCCAAGAUAAUGCGUAUGAUAGUUCUGAAUCAACAGAUGUUGACGAAACUUUACCCAGAAACACCAACCUAUCACCACAAAUUGGAUCAAAAAAGGCCACUGAGGUUCUUUCGUCAAAGACUGCCGAUUAUCGACCCCCAAUGUUGGGAUCAUGGGUUACGAUUGAUAGUAAACCCUUUGGAAUCAUUGACGGAAUGAGUACACGGUCAUUGCAACAGCAACACCAGCAACAACAACACCAAGUACCGCCCACCAACAAGAUGCAAGAACCACGUGGAAUGGUUGUUGAUCGUCGGCCCUUUUCACCUGCGUCACAUAGUGGAUUGGCUAUGGCGCAAAGUUUGGGCAAGAGGAAAAGUUAUGGUCAUAUACGGCAACACAACAUGCAACCACUGAUGUCGAUGCAAGUUCAAGUACAAGGGCAGCCAAAUUCUGAUGAUCAGCUGGUUUUAGGAUUGGAUGAUUUACUCAAUGUGAGUGAAUUGGACAAUGAUGAUGAGAAUGAUGUGAGAAUAUGGCGUGAUUUCAAUAAUGCUCAAAAAUCACGAGUGCCCCUUGGUGCAUUUAGAAAUAAAUCUAUACUUCAUAAUCAUCAUCAUCGCCAACAACAGCAAGAGGAGGUGCAUCAUAAUCAUAAUAAUUACCAGGGACAUCGACGAAAUAGUAAUUACCAAGGACAAAGUCAUCCUCACCCGGGUAAGCACAACAUCAAUGCAGGGUCCCAAGUAUCUGGACCAACCAAGAGACGCAAAUCGUCGUUGGGGCCGCCAGCGGCAUCAGCACCAACGUCAGUACCAGUGCCAGUGCCAGCUACUGGUGGUAAUGGCAACGCAAUGACUCCAGUAGUGGCAUCUGGUGGUGGUGGUGGUGGUGGUGGUGUAGGCACUGCUUCUACCCCUGCUACUGUUUCCACAGCUGCUGCUCCCGGGUAUAGAUCUACUAGGUCGGGGUUGUUUAGUGAAGCUGCGUUAGCUAGUGUUGAAGAGAUGUUGGGUGAUGAUUAUGACGUGAUGACUUUAAUUGAGCGGUUGUGA